GGGCCGGCCCGGGGCGGGCGGGCGGUGGUUACUCGAGCGAGCGCCGCGGCGACAGGCCCCCCGCCGCAGGGAUGGACCGCGGAGGCGGCGGCGGAGGCGGCGCGGGCGGCCGGCCCGGGGAAGCAACUCUUAUGGAAAUGGGGCCUGCCAUCCCUACCACCAACACCAAUUGAUGACCAACUGAUGGACAGGUCAUCCCCAAGAGCUCUGGAAACAGCACUGACCCUCAACAACCCUGCUUCCAACUUGAUUCCCACAGCCAUAGUCCAAGGAAGUGUGGAAAUGAGACCUGUUACCUUCUUCUGCAGGAUUGAGGAGACCUGGGAAAGUUUGUAAACAGGCGGUAGGAGGCAUUGGAGAAGAGGGAGAAUUAUGAAAUUGAAGAGUUGAUUCCUGGAGCAAGGUUCUACAGGGAAGCAGGAAGGAAAUGGAUCAAGGACAUAAAUGGAUAGAAGGAUUAUUCCUAGGAAGUAAUACAGAUAAGAUGCUCCGAGUCAUUUGCAGUGCUCUUCAAAAGAAAAAGCUCUAGUGCUGUACUCUUGCCAUACUACCAAACUUCUUUCAUUUUGUUUUGGUGCUGAAACACUGGAAGAAUUGCAUGUAGGCUCUAAGAGGAGGAUCUUUCCCUUUUUAAUUUUAUCAUUCUGUAUGAAUGGAACGGGUUUUGUGUCUUAUUGCCCACCCUAUUUUAAAGCUGCUUCACCAACUUCUAAACUGCUUAAUGAAUUGGGCCCUUUGCCAAUGAGCCACACAGCCAAUUCUUGCCAAGAGCUGGUUGAAAACUGUGCCGUGCAUGUAGCAGGGAUGGCACAAGAAGACAGCCAUCGUGGUCAAGUGCCAUCCACAUUUUAUCAUGGUGCCAACCAAGAACUUGACCUGUCCACCAAAGUGUACAAAAGAGAGUCAGGAAGCCCAUAUUCUGUUUUAGUGGACACCAAAAUGAGCAAAUCACAUCUCCAUGAAACAGAAGAACAACCUUUUUUCAGGGAAACCAGAUCAGUGGCUGAAGUCCGUGCUGUUAAAGAAGACCACGAAAACUCUGAUGACAUGGAAGAAGAAGAGGAAGAGGUAACUUAUAAAAGGGAACAGAUUAUAGUAGAGGUAAACCUUAACAACCAAACGUUAAAUGUAUCUAAAGGGGAGAAGGGUGUUUCCUCUCAAUCCAAAGAGACUCCAGUUCUUAAAACCAGCAGUGAGGAGGAAGAGGAAGAAAGUGAGGAAGAGGCUACCGAUGAUAGUAAUGACUAUGAAGAGAAUGAACGGCAAAAGAAAAAGGAGAAGAGAGUGGAGAAAGUCAGUGUUGCACAAAGAAGAACAAGGAGAGCUGCAUCAGUCGCCGCAGCUACCACUUCCCCUACACCCAGAACAACCAGAGGCCGUAGGAAAAGUGUAGAGCCUCCCAAGCGUAAGAAGAAGGCUGCAAAGGAGCCAAAAGCACCAGUGCAGAAAGCUAAGUGUGAGGAGAAAGAGACUUUGACUUGUGAGAAGUGUCCCAGGGUGUUUAAUACACGCUGGUACCUGGAGAAGCACAUGAAUGUCACACAUAGGCGCAUGCAGAUCUGUGACAAAUGUGGCAAGAAGUUUGUCCUGGAAAGUGAGCUGUCCCUUCAUCAGCAAACAGACUGUGAAAAAAACAUCCAGUGCGUUUCCUGUAACAAAUCAUUCAAGAAGCUCUGGUCCCUUCAUGAACAUAUCAAGAUUGUCCAUGGAUAUGCAGAAAAGAAAUUUUCCUGUGAGAUUUGUGAGAAGAAGUUCUACACCAUGGCUCAUGUGCGGAAGCACAUGGUUGCACAUACAAAAGACAUGCCAUUUACAUGUGAAACCUGUGGAAAGUCAUUCAAACGCAGUAUGUCACUCAAGGUGCAUUCCCUGCAGCAUUCUGGAGAGAAGCCCUUCAGGUGUGAGAACUGUGAUGAAAGGUUUCAAUACAAGUACCAGCUUCGCUCCCACAUGAGCAUCCACAUUGGACACAAACAGUUCAUGUGUCAGUGGUGUGGCAAGGACUUCAACAUGAAACAGUACUUCGAUGAGCACAUGAAAACACACACUGGAGAGAAACCUUUUAUCUGUGAAAUCUGUGGCAAAAGUUUCACCAGCCGCCCAAACAUGAAGAGGCACCGCAGAACUCACACAGGCGAGAAGCCCUAUCCAUGUGAUGUGUGUGGCCAGCGGUUUCGCUUUUCCAACAUGCUCAAGGCUCACAAGGAGAAGUGUUUUAGGGUUACCAGCCCUGUGAACAUCCCACCUGCUGUCCAGAUCCCACUUACAACUUCCCCAGCCACCCCAGUUCCUUCCAUCGUGAACACACCCACAACCCCUACCCCACCAAUCAAUAUGAAUCCAGUAAGCACUCUUCCCCCUCGGCCCAUCCCUCAUUCCUUUUCACACCUCCACAUUCACCCACAUCAUCCUCAUCACCUCCCCAUACCUCCAGUCCCUCACUUACCCCCACCUCCAGCUCUCUUUAAGAGUGAGCCUUUAAAUCACAGAGGCCAGAGUGAGGACAACUUUCUGCGACACCUGGCAGAGAAGAACAGUUCAGCACAACAUCAUUAACAAAUAUCUUCUUCAAUCUGUUGUCCCUUGGGUAUGUACCCACAUGUGAGUUUGCAGAGUGGGAGUUGAUGAGGUUGUCUAUAGUUCUAUCGCACUCCCUCUUAGCCUCCAGCAAAAGAGCCUUGUCAUUGGCUUGGUGUACCAGCAGAUCCAAGUGAAUGAAUGAGAAGAUGACCUUUGGCUCAUAGAGAAGGAUCAUCGUAACCAGGGGAGCCAAUGGAACUAAAGCCCAAUAUGCUUCCUUUUUACUGAUGACUUUUAUAAAUUUCAAAUACUGAGACUUGUGUAAUUUUAUAAUUUCAUAUCAGCUGAUGAGGUAUGCUUGCUUUUAUAUCCUGGACUUCUCCUCAAAGAGGGGACAGGCCUGGUUUCCUUUUACUAAUCAGGAAGGCUGUGAGAUUAAUCCAGAGCAUUAAUUGUAUCACUGUGUAUUGUAACAAAUUCUUUUCAGCUUUUGAUGCCACCAACAGAGGUGGGCUGGCUACAUAUCACAGUAUAUCAAGCAUUAUAGAGAAAAGACAAAAAUUUCUUGUUUGUGUAGCUCUCUCCUAACGCACUCUUUAUUUUACUACAGAAAUUAUUUUAGAGUUUUUGUAUAGACCUCUUUAGUAGUUACCUGUUUCUAAAAUGAAAUGUAUUUCAAUAAGCGGUGUAAUUUUUUUCAGUGUAGCUGGACCUAUGUUGUAAAAUAGAAAAAUUUUUAUAAUCAUCAAAAUGUGAUUCUUAAAGACGCAUAUAGCUUCUAUAGUUAAAAGUUAUCCUUACAUCCGUACUACUCAAAGGUGCUUCAGAGACUAAAUGUAUCUGAGAAGGUCUCCAGGCCAGAUUGCUGCAAAAAUUAUGUUUUGCUUUCAGAACUUGGUAUAAGUUAUUUGGUAGUUUUUAAAUCUCCACUUCCCACCCAAGUGUCUCUUAGGCUCACUAAACAUGCUCCUUUACCUUAGGUGGAGUAUUAUAUGAAAUGUUUUGAAAAGGAAUAGGUCUCUUUCCAAGGAAAACACCAAAGAGCACACACACGUUUUGAAAACGUGAGAGGAGUUGCUCACCACCUAGAAAAGGCAGGGAGUGGAGGUUGUCUCAUGUCAGUCAUGUCUGUUCCUCAUUCUCAUUAGGGACAGUGUUCAUGUUUAACUUUUAUGAUAUGACUGAUUUGAGGCUCAUACCAUGUGCUGCUUGUUUUCAGGUUGCUUUCUUUUUCUGGAGUUGUUAGGAGAAGGAAAAAUACUAAACACGAAUCACAAACAUGAUGUUGCUGAUAGAGGCUGACGAGGCAUUUAGAUGAGAACAUAAGCUGGUCAUAUGAUUGAAAAUGUCUUUUAUCACUGGAUAUAUCCACAACUUGGAGGUUUUCUAACGUGCAACAUAAUAACAAGGGAAAACUCGUAAGACUUCACUGUCCUGUUCUAAGCAAAUGUUCCUUAAAGUGGCCAGUUUGAACAAGUGGUAGGGAUAGUACACCUCUAAUACUUUCAGUCUAGUAACUUUUCAGAGAUUGAUAUAGUCUAGCAAGAAUCAGCAGUUGUUAUAGGGAAUAGUUCAGCAGAAGGCCUUGCACAUUGGUUAUAUUCAACUGCUGAAUAGCUCUCCUAUUUUCCCCCCUCUAUUUUAAUUUAAAUACAGCUGACUCUUAUAGUAAGCUUAAAAACUGGUGUUGCCCCCACCUCAGAGAACUGAGAUUUGGCUGUUAUUAUCUUCUUUUGCUUUAUGUUUUCUCUCAAAAUUCCCCAGUGUUUCUCUUCCUUCCCCCAUAUUUUCAACUAACUGCCUCUACCCAGUACCCCAACAUUUGAAGAUUCUUUUUUUUUUCAAAUGUACAGUUGUGUUAGAGGUUCUUUUCUGGCUCAUGGGCUUUGGUUAUUAUCUAAAACUGAGGGUUAAAGUCCCUGUUUUAAAAUAUCACCUUUCUUUUCUAUUAGCUUUCCUAUCCCAAUUUUUUUACCUUUGUGUGCUAUGAUUAGCCAAGGAAGCUUUUGGAAUGGGGGAGAAAAGACAUCUCUGACUAUCUUUGUUUCUGUUUUAUGUGUAAGCCUUAAAAAAUUGGGACAGUUUUUAAAGAGUUAUUUCUCUUGAUAUUUGGAUACAUUUUUAAAGCUCCUGGUACACAAGCCAGUAAGGAAAGCCAGUAAGGUCCUUUUUUAUAUGACUUUUAUCCUUAGUGGCUGCUCUCCCAUAAACUCCUUGCAUUCCAUGCCACACUUGUCAUCUACAUUUUUGUGUAGAUGUGCCACUACUUUAUAGUCAGACCUGUUAAAAAUGCUUUGUUUUAUUAUUAAAAAUGUAUCUCAGUUAAAUGAUAUCUUACUUUGUUCUAAACAGCUUUACAGUAUUAGACAGCUAUUUUGAAUAUAAUUCAAGACCAUUUUGUUGUCCAUUUCCUAGGAAUACUGGAGUGAUACACUGGGAAUUUCAGAUGGUCUUACCUGUGAUUUGGGAGUUGCAGAUCUAUAACCCCUAAGAAAGAACCCACCAUCCAUGGGAAAUCCAGUAUUAUGCAGUCACUACCAUCCUAAUAAAGCUCAAAAAGGCUAUCAAAAAAAUCAGCCAAAAUUGUCACAAAAUAUAAUGCCUAAUGAAAGUCAUUGUGGAACAGCCUUAAAAUGUCCCCAGUUCUUGUCUAAUUUUGUUUUCUGGGUUUUGACUUUACUUGACUGGUAUUCAUGGUUUUAAAGGAAAAGUACUCAGAGAGUCUAAUGUGUCUUCAUAAUUUUCACAUUAAAAAUUAAUCAAGACACAUUACAGAAUGCUUGUGAGUGCUUCUGAACAUGAGAACUUCAGGAUUAAGCCUUAAAUAAAGACCUGUGUCAAGUUAACCUAAAAACUCAGGAACUCAGAAAAUUUGGUUGAUAGUCUUUACUUGGCUUCCCUAGUAGGUAUGGGGGCUUGCCCUUUUCUCCCCUUGCCCCACAUAGUCCCAUAACCCUGCAAACUGCUCAGAAUGAUUAGCUCGAUGUUCAUCGGUCUAGAAAGAGGAAUAUGGAGAAAGAGUUUGGUCUCUAGUCUUUGCUAUAUAUGCCUUUACAUAAAUCUCUAAAGGACCUUGAAGGCUACAUUAUGCAAUGUAUUUAAGCAUAUUUAAGCAUUACAAUGGUAUUAAGUGAGGCUGUCUGUUAAUACACAAUCUUACUGUCUUUGACAGUUCCUAUCCCAUUGCUUAAAAUAUGACCUAUUUGAACAUACAAAGACAUUUUUGAGUUAAGGUAGUAGUAAACAUUUUCUUUACCUUUUCCUAUGACAUAAAAACUCAAAUAAGAAAAUUUAGCCCAUAAUGUAAAAUUGCUGCUUUACCUAGUUGAAUCAGGUUAGCUCAUAUUGAGUGAGGUUUUUUUGGUUUGAACAGUAAAGAGGUAAACAUAACCUAAGUCUUAUGGCACAUAGCUUCACUGCCGCAUAUAUGUAUUUGUGACUUCAUUCUUAAAUAUUUUUAAUGAGAAAGGGAGGCUUCCACAUAAAAUCUUAACAUAGUAUCAAAAGAAACUUUAGAGAAUUAGUAACAUGUACUUUGUUUGAAGCCUACCAUUGCAUUAAGCCUACCAUUUUCAUGGCUAAGCAUGAAAAUACCAUAAUUGUACUUAAUGCUUUGGAAAUACCUUUCCAAGACUCCCUUUAAUUGUGUUGUUCACUUACUGUGUGCCUGGUGUACUGAAGAUGAUGUCCUCGUGGAAAAGAUGCUUGCAAAUACUGAAUUUCCUAAUCUCUUCUCUCCUUACACCUACCUGAUUUUUUUUUAAAAGUUUUCAUAUUUGUUGGUUGGAUGUUUGUGUUUCAUUUAAUUUAAUUUCUCUGGCAGUUUCUGAUUUUUAAAUAAUAACAAUUAUAAUGAAACUCAUUGAAGAUGUAUAUUUAUCCCAUUUUGCAAAACCUGUCAAUUUGAAAUAUAAAGAAGUAUAGAUACUUUGUAACAUCAGACUACCUGUGUUAAAUUUAAAGAUACUUCUGCUUGAUCUACUAUAAAUAAGGAUAUUAUACUAUGUAAAACAAGUUAGGUUUGUAUACCCACAAAAUAAGUGUUUUGAUACUCUUCCAGAUUUAUAAUCAUGAGAAUGUUUGACAAAGGGAGAUAAAUUGCUUUUAAGAAUUCUGCCAAUUGUAUUUAAGGUCAUUUCACUUGGAAUUCUGUAUGUUUUACAAUUGGACACAUUGAUGUUGAUUUUAUUUUUUCCUUUGAAAAACUCACUCCUCCUUUGCUGAACCAAGAUUAGAAAUCCCAUUAAAAAUAAAAGCAUUUUUCAGUAAUGGAAAGGUCAUAGGUUAUUAGAGAUAGUAACAUAAUUAUGCAAUAAUAGCUUCUAAGCUAGCCUGCUUGUGUCAUCUGUAGCAUUUACAAUAAUUAAUGAUGACCUUCCAACCCUGGAUUACUACCUCGAUAAAGCAAACCAGAGGUCCUCUCUCCCCUUAUUAUGGAAGCCAUAAAAGUUGCCACCAGUAUGUCCAUUUUCAUAGUUCCUUACUUUUAUACUCUAUAAUCCUGACUUUUUAUAGACCUUGCAAUCAGAUCCUUUUGUCAUAGAGGAAAGGCUUUACAAGUUUGGACCAGCAUGGAAUUUUAACUCCUUUGGUUUCAAUUUGGAGGAUUAGAUGAAUUCACCAGGUGAAUCAAAUUCCUCACUUAAGUUAAACCAUUUUACCCAACUGUAUAUUUUACUGAUGAAAGACUAACUUUUUCCUCCCUUUCCUAUUGUUUAAGUUUCCUGCAUUGCUAUGGAAAUUAUUUGUGGAAUGGAAUUCUACUUUGUUGCUCUAUUGAUUAAUUAAUAAUUGGUGUCAUCAGAUCACCUCUUGAAUUGUUUCAUUUUGUUAAGUUAUACAAGUAAAUGCACACCUACAUUUUCUUAUCUUCCUUCCAUCAUUGCAGCUUAAGCCCUCUCUCAUUCUUGAGUGCCUUGAAGAAACCAGCAUUCCUGGAAAAUUUUCUCCCUGGUCUAGAUCCUACCUCUGCUUCAUUUUCCAUGAGUGUUGGAUUUUGUCUUUAAUCCAUUUGGUUCUUCAAAAACUAGUAAAAGCCUUGGACAGAAAUUUUGAACAUAUCUCUGAAUGAGUUCUUUCCCCUAAUUUUCCAGGUUUUACAGUAGCAUCUGACGAUGUAUUAGUUAUGCCCUAGACAUUCACCUCUGAUCUCUUCAAUAACAAAAGGCUUGGUCCUUUGUCUUGAUUCCUAACAUUUGCUUCCUUAGCCAGGAAAAUUAAAUUCAUUAUAUAUUCCGUGUACAGUUUUUGCUCAUCUUGGUCUUCCUGAAUUCUUCCCCUUUCACUUAAGGGGGUGGGCUUCAAUGCUGCUGUUGCUAUACAGUACCUUUUCUCAUUUGUUCUCUCUCUUCAAGAAUCAGUUUGCAAAUUUGUCCAUGACAUUUUCUUAUACUAAAAUCUAAUUCAAAAUAGUUUCUUAGUUUUUUUAGAAGCCCUUUUGACUUCUCUUUAUUUUUCUCUUUGGGAUACUAGUCUCCAGGUAGUUCCAAUUGCUUUUAAAAUUCUUCCCUUAUCUCCCCCACUACUUCUCUGCCCCUCUCUCUUCCAGGCUCCCCCUUCUUAUCCAACCCCCAACACAUCAUUUAGCUAUUUCUUUUUCUAGUUUUCCCUACAGUCAGUCUUUACAGUAUAAUUGUUACUCAAUAUGAAGGACAUUAAACAAAAACAAGGGUUGCUCUAUGAUCUGUAUGUAACAUCAGGGUCUGAAUUGGUAAAGCACUUCAGCAUUGUGCUUUGCUGCCACAGAAGGGGUUUGUGCUGUGCGUAGACUUCUCUUCCUUGUGUUAUACACAACUGAAAACGAAAUCCUUUAAGAAAUGAGGAAAUUGGAUUAGUUGGGGUUUUUUUUUAAUUUGGUUUAAAGGAGUGGAGACUAUUAAUCUGGAUAUUUUUGCUGUCAUCAGAACCUUUGCAUUAUCUUUUUAAAGCUGCUGCUCUCCCUAAAUUCAUUUUCUUUUUGUAAGUAGUCCUUGGAGUUUUCAAAACUAAUUAAACUCAUAAGAGGAAAAAGGCGAUAUGGUGAGGCAGGAAACCAGAGAACAGUUAUUUGUGAACUUUUAAUUCUUUCUGUCUGACCACUCUCCCUCCUGCCUCCCCCCAUGUUGCUGGUUGGCUAAGGAAAAGAUUCACAGGUAGUUGAAAGUUUAACUAUACUUUUUUGGAAGGGGAGACUAGUUUAUAAACCAUGUAAUUUUUUCUUCUAAAUUAACAAGAUUUCAUUACAUCAAAAAAAUUUUUUAUAUGAUUAAUUUUCAUUUGACUUGUCUAUUUUCUUAAUACUAGCACCCAGAGGUUUGGCUUUCUCAAGUGUUUGUUGGCUGACAGCAUUUUUAGCUAUUUUCUUUAGCUGUACCAUGCAGAAUAUAGUGAGGAACAUUUUGAAGAAUGAAGUCCAAUUUGAUGAUUUAUUCUGUUGCUGAGUAGCAGAGUUCUGAAAUAGUCAGCAGAGGGGGCCGUUGUUCUCUGAAGAGGCUGCAUUACUGCCUACCUCAUCCAAGGUUACUCCAUACUUGUGAAGACCAUCUCAAGUAGGAGCAGAGAUGUGGUAAAUUACUUCCAUGGGGGUGGAACAGGAGAGGAAGUGGCUAAGAAGUGAUUAAAUUUUGUUAACUUUGGAAGAUAUCUGCUACUCAGUGCUUGUUAUAUUUCUUAUUAGCUAGAGACAGACUGAAUGUGUUGAGGAAGAGAAGUGCUCCUGAAUGUACAUCUUUCCCCAGUUAUAUAUCUUUAAUGGGGGGGGGGUUGUGAGAGGAAACACCUUAACUAGCAGGCUUGAGGUCUCUUCAUUUUGCAUAGGACUUAGGAAACCAAUCUGUUUACAUUUGAAAAUUAGUAGGAAAUAAUUUAUACCAAGAACCUAACUUACUAGAAAUUCUCUCAUUUUCUGCUUGAUCAUUUGAAUCAUUCUUGAUUUAGGUCAAGAAUUUAAAUGAUGUAGUUUGAUUUCAGUGUAUGCUGCUAAGGUUGUACCCUUGAGUUAUAGGCAGCCUCUGAAAAUCUGAUCAAUGCCUUUCAAUCUUCCGCAUUUGGUGUGCAUGUGCAUUUUACCCAUCUUUUUUGCAGGGGCUAUACUGGUAAAUCUGUCAUUAUUCAAUGUUAACUGUGCUUACCCACAGGGGAGUGGCAGGAUCUUUAAAAAGUCUCUAUUGUGAAAAAGACAGUUCUUACAUUUUAUAAUUUUCUUUACUUCUACUCCUCCCUGCUUACUUCAGUGUUUACUUAUAACUUUGGUUUCUGAAACUAUUUUCUCUUGUAGCUACAGUCUCUGCCCCCGUUCCCUUGACACAGGCAGACUGGUAGGGAAUGCUUUGAUGCCAGAAGUCAAGGAUGUUUUGGGAGCAUGAAUUGGACAGGGUAUCCUGACUAGCCUGUUUAAAUAAUAAUGCUCAAUGAUGAGAGCCAGUCUUUUUCCACAUGGGGUAGAAGCUUUUUCUUGAGUCCUCAUAUGCUGAGUGCCAAGGCAGGAAGGCAAUCUUGUUUUCUCUUUUCUGCCCCUUCCCUUAACCUCUCCUUUCCACACCGCCCCUUUCUUGCAAUAGUUGGGAGAGUAAGAUAGAUCAUGAAAUCAUUAACUCUCAGGAGUGGGGAUAUUCUUGUCGUUUUGAAUGUAAUAGGAGGGAGAUUCAAAAUCAAGUUUGAAUAGGUAGUUAUACCUCCCCAUCUCAGCUCCAAAUGGAUAGCUGUUACACCAAGGUCAUUAUCUCCUGUGUCAGACCAAAGGCCCUGAGCCCUAGGAUGGCAUCUUUAGUAGGCACUCCUUCAGCUUGGAAUUCAGCCUGGUACACUGUGCUCUGUUGGGCUAGAGGCAGACAAUCUAAGGUAGUAACUAACUUUGCCAUGACCAGGAGGUUUAUUUAGGCUAAGUGGCAGUAUUUCCUCCUUCAUAUAAACAGGCAACUAAGCAGCCAAGGAGAAAUAUCGAGGUGAACGUCAGCUAGUGGAACAAAGGGCAUUUGCCCCUGGAAGACAAGAUCUUACUCUGGUCCCUUUUUACCCAGCCUAAGCAGACCCUAAGAAAAGCCAGCAAGCACAGAGCGUUGAUUCUGUCCACUUGUAACCCCAGCGCUUGACAGAGAAGAGCACUGAAGCUGCGAUCAGUUUAGAAGCAGAUGGUUAGGUGUAACUUGUUUGCCCUCUUUCUUUUCCCCUGACAGUACAUAAAUCACUUGCACUUUUCUUUAUUUCUUAAGGAAAAAAAAUCCAGUUUGCUUGCCAGGAAUCGUUGAGCGUUAGGUUUACAAAGCUUGUCGUUGAAUGUUAAAAACUUGUCCAAAGGAGUUUGGAAAAAAUAGAAGCUGCUUGGUCCCUGUUCUUGCCUUCUCAGUCAUAAGGAUUAUUAAAGCUGUGUAGCUUGGAUGCUUAUGGCAAGUCCAGAACAGGGCAGCAUCCCUCUCCUACCUCUCUGUGGAGAUGCAAUUGAAGGUCAAAUCAGACUUGAUGUAGGGCAGGUACCCCUCAUGCUGCAGCAAGUUCAAAGGAGUCUUUGAGUUGGGGAGGUGACAGACAAAUAGGACAGGAUUUCUGGUCUGGAAAGAUCCCCAGGAGAGGCACUUUGCCCCUAGGAAUUGCAGUGAAGUAGAACUGAGCUCUCCUUUAGCAUUUCCAAACUAGCACAGGCUGUCUUGUUUCCUUGGGGCACUUUUUUCCUGUAUCCUGUCAGACCCCUCAUUGUAUUGAUUCUUUUCCCUUUGUGUUGACCAUACCAUAAUUAUUAUUUUUUUUUAGCAAUUGAGAAUGCACUUUUAUUUCAACUCAAUCAUGAUUUUAAACAUAAAAGUUAUAGAUUGUUAAAACUACUUUUUGUGUAUUUUUAACCACUCAAUGUAGCAUUGUAUAUUUUAUUCUUGUGAGACUCUGGUACAAGGUGUGCCGCUUCACGAUAUUUCCGAGAUGCUGGGCCUUUGGAUGUGUACGGUAACCAACCUAAUGCUAAUGUUCAAAGUAAAAGAAGUAGCCAUA